CUUCCGGCAUUGACAUUGUCAAUGAUCCGUUAUCGAAUUUAUCAAACAGCCAAGACUUUACAUUAAUUUUAAUGCAACUUGGACUAAUUUUAUAUGCUUUACCAGUUGAACAUGGUCACGGAUUAAAAUGUUAAACCAGAGAGAACUUCCGUUGGUUUGAUAUUAACCCAAUAGUAAAUUAUAAGGCGACAUAUACAAACACGUUGGAUAAUGUCGGGUGUACCAGGACCGUAUAUCAUGCUGAACAUAACCUCAAAAAAUGGAAAAGUAAAUACUACACGAUAAACGAUAGAAUCAUACUUUAUGCUGAACAAGUAUGGCUUAAUGAUAAAACUAUGGAUAAAGAUAGUGUAUUACUCACUAAUGUAACAGCUGACGAAGGUGCAGUGGGGGGAAUUCAUAGCAACAAGUCCAACGAAGAGACUGGAAAUGAAAACUUUCAAUGUGAACCGUGUCUUUUUGAAAACGCUGAAGUAGAGGCAACAGCUUUUUGCAUGGAUUGUUUUGAACGUUUAUGUAUUAACUGUGCCAGCGACCACAGAAAGAACAAGAUUUUAAGGACUCACAAGUUGCUGAAAGGGGAAGAAAUCCCUAAGGAUUUGAAAACAAUUAAAAUUUUGAAAAGCAUAAUGGCAUGCUCCGAUCACCCCGGAACAGACCUUACAUACAAAUGUGAAGAUCAUAAUAAAUAUAUUUGUGUAACGUGUUUAGCAGAAUGUCAUCGGAAAUGUAACGAGGUGAAUGAAAUCCCCCUGAUAACCUCCCCUGGAAAUGAAGACAGGUGUAACAUUGUGAAAGAAUCACUAUCGCAACUUAAAGAAUACAUAUCUACCUCCAAAAGUGCAUCUGAAAAUAAUAAAGAAAGUCUCCGUGCACAACUUUCUGCGAUACAAAAAGAGCAAAAAACACUUUUUGACGCUAUUUAUGAACAACUGUCUAAAAGGAAAAAGCAGCUUGCAUUAGAAACGGAUGAACUUGUGACGAAAGAAUUGAAUGAUUUGGAAGGAGAUCUUCAAAAUUAUAGUGAAGCAGAAACAGAAGAGGAAGAAUUUCAAAGGUUACUUGAUGUCACUUUAAAAUGUGGGAAUGCUAGGGAAGUAAACGUUAUACCUGAUCUGAUAUCAAGAAAAAUAAAGCUUCUCAGAGAGAAACUCGAAACUACAAAUAGAAAAGAACGAACAUUGCUUAGGUUUGAUUGCAGUAUGGAUCUAAAAGCACUAACAGAUGUAGGACAAGUGUCUGUCAUAUAUAAUAACCAAGUUAAGCAACCAGACCCUAGGGGCGAGCAUCGUCUUUCAAGCGAUGAAAUACUUGAAACAGAGAAAGUGUCAAAUGCCGUGACAAAAUUAAAAACAGGCAAUACUUCCAUCCAGAGUAGUGUGACAAAACACAUUGAUGAAGUACCACAACAGUUAGAACAAACAAGCCUUGCUAUAGAGCAAGAAGUCCAGAGUACGCCAAAAACACAGCAGAAAUCACACCCACCUAGCUUUAUGAAAAGAAGCGUCGGCAGUCAUUUCGUUUCUUACACUGUUAGGUGCCAAUACGACACUUUUCCUUGUGUUAUCUGUGCCAUAGUUAUAUUACCCGAUGACCGGCUAGUUCUUAUUGAUCACGAUAAUAUGAAGUUGAAAGUUCUUGAGAAGGACUUUUCUCUUGCUUUUAUUUUUGGUUUUCAGGAUAAACCUUUAGACAUGUGUCAUGUUUACAACAUGACAAUUGCAGUAUCUCUGCUAGACGGAAAGGAAGUCAAGAAAUAUUGUAUCGGCAAAUCGUAUGUUUCUUUCACAGGGAAAUUUCCAACAAAGUUCGCAGUAGAUGCUUUGGAAAAGUUUGGAAAUGACAAGAAAAUUGCGAUUCUUUUUUCUGACGAAACAAGACAUGAUGAACGUUCUAUCAUUCAGAUUAGAGACGCGGAAAAUGGUCGUAUUCUUGAAACAUUAUAUUUGGAAAAAGCUGGGGUAACACUGAAGUUAGACGGGGCCAAACGGAUGUUGUUUCGGGGAACAAAUAAAAUAUUCGUGUCAGACCCUUGGAAGUUUCACUGUUUUGAUAUAGAUAAAUGUGUCGGUUGUCCCGCCCAGCAGUCUGUUACUAAUUAUGUUCAGGAAUCGUGGUUCUAUAAAAGUCGUAAAGGAAGUGUUUUGAAAGAUAUUACUGACUUAGCUGUAGAUGAAGAAGGGAACAUAUAUGUAUGUGGUAGCAAAUCUAGCAAUAUUCAUCAGAUUUCAGCUGAAAAUUAUAGGGUAAACAGAAUAAUCAUCACCAAUAUUAAAGAACCUCUUUCGAUUUCUGUAAACAGCAAGAAAGGCUAUUUGGUUGUCGCGUGUUUGAAUGACAGUUAUGUCCAUGUUUAUCACUUUGGUUAGGAAGUGAAUAGAAAUUUGUUGCAAAACUUUUUUGACAGUAUAAUAGGCAGUUGUAGUAAAUAAAUAAAAGAUGACAUUCUGGCGACUCUUGGCUCUUGCGUGUAACAUUUGAACAACUUACCAUAAUUUCCGGCAUUAGUUUUAUUUUCAUGUUUUGUACUGCAUACCUUUUUUUGACAUUCAUUCCUUUAGAUAAAAAUGAAAGAAAUUUGUACAUAUA